AUGAAAAGGAUUAUGCGUAUUCUAUUUUUGAUGAGUUUUGUUUAUUUAUUAAAAGCUGACGAGGAUGCAAUCCCUGAUGAAAGCAAGACGACUUUCGAAGACUAUCCAUCAAUAGAAUUAGCUAUCACUCCUAUGGAUAUUGCCAGUGAUAUGGACGAGAAACCUGACUAUGCAUAUUUGAAGGACCCUUCCAGUGAAGAAGUUUAUAAAGCCGCUAAGGUUAGCAUUCAAUACAAAGAUUCUUCAAGUGAGCUAAAAAGCGAAAAAGACAGUGAAAAGGCCGUAGAGAAUUUAAAUACUACAGAUACUGCUGGAAUAUCUCACAGUUUAAACCAUAAAAUUAUAUCUGAAUUACCAAAUAAUACGGAUAGUAAUAACCAAAAUCAAACUUUAAUACAUAAAAGUGUCCAUGACAGCAACAUUAUAAAUGAAAAUAAAACCAUUUCGGAUAGCCAAGAAGAUAGAAAACCUGAUGCUCAAUUAGUUGACAAAACGUUUAAAUCUGACUUAGAAAACCCCAGUAAAAUAAGUACUACUUCACCCAAACCAAAGACAACAAUAAAUGAUAUGGAUGAUUUAAUAUUAGAUAAGUACCUCAAAAAUUAUGACGAUGAUGAAUUUAAUAAAAGUCUUUAUCACGAAACUCAAAGUAAAUCUGAUGAAAGUGAUUCUGAACUCGAUGGAUUAGAUCACGAUUUUCGACCAAGCAGAAGAAUGUUUGAUUUUGUCCCUGAUAUGAAUUAUAAGGGAACCUCUGAAAGCCACCAACUUUUGGAGCCUAGUAUUCCAAUUAAUGCACAUCAGCCGCCAUUAGAUGAUAGACCAAAUCCUUCAAAUACUUUCUCACCUAUAUUAUUACCAAACAGACCCGUACCAGAUCUAUACAGACUGAAAAACAUACGGUUACCUCACAACUACAAUGAGGGGCCAUUCCAAUUUGGUGGCUCACGAGACAUACUAAACCCUAACUCAAGAGAAACAUUAUUUGGACCAAAUGAUGCAGAAGAAAAUAAGCUUAAGAUUCAAAAUGGAUUGGGCAUAUUACAGGAAAUGAUAAAUAAUCCAAAUAGAAUGGCUCCAGAAAUCCCGGACGAACCGGGCCCCAAUAAAUGGGAUCAAGCCCCUACCUUGUAUAAUGAACCAAACACAUGGAUACCUAACGUGAUGACGGUACCAAAUAGCUGGAAACCGGCACCGGGAUACCAAAAUAUUCCAAAUGGCUGGUUACAUCUGACAAAAAGGGCCAAAAUAACUGAAACAAAUAUAAAUCCAAUAUAUAGAAACCUUGCUCUACCCUCAAGUCUUCCCAAUCCUCAGCUACCAUAUGUCGGAUUUGGUAUAAUAAGAUAUCCUGGUGCUUAUCCAACUUUUGAUCCCAGGAUGAUGGCUCGAAGAAAUCUUGCAUUGGUUCCAAGUUCUCAACGAUUUUUAAUAGACAACGGUUUUCUCUACAAUCGAAUGUGCUGUUAUUAA